CCAUAAAGACACGCGAGUCACACAUCCGCGUCGGUGAAGCGUGAACACGUGUCGUCCACUUACGCUUCGAUCACGGAAUUGCCGUCGAACAGUAUCGAUAUGAGGGUGUUGAUAGUAGCAGCAACUAUAGCAUUACUGGCAGUGGAAUUAGCAGCCAGACCAGAACCGCCAGUUAGUCAAUACUUGCCCCCAAAUCAACUUUACGGCCCACCACAGCGACCUGGUAUUCCGACAGGUCUAGGAGGGCCGAUUGCUUCGCCUGCUAAUAACGGAAUCAAUCAGUACCUACCUCCUAACCAACAGUAUGGUCCACCCGGUGCUGGUGGCGGUGGAAGUGGAAAUGGUGACACAAGUGGAAAAGGUGUACCAGCCAAAUACAAUUUUGAGUAUAUGGUAUAUGACCAACCAUCAGGCAAUGAUUUUGGACAAAAGGAGAGUCGUGACGGUGACGUGACCCGAGGAAUGUACUACGUUUUGCUUCCUGACGGACGUCGUCAGCGAGUAGAAUAUGUUUCCGAUCAGGAUGGUUACAGACCUACAAUUACUUAUGUCCAAGAGAGUACUGGAAUCGGAGGUGUUUAUCCUGGAGGCAGUGAAGGUGGAUAUCCCGGUAGUUCAGGCGGUGGCUAUCCUGGUGGUUCAGGCGGUAGUUAUCCUGGUGGUUCAGGCGGUAGUUAUCCUGGUGGUUCAGGCGGUAGCUAUCCUGGUAGUUCAGGCGGUGGCUAUCCUAGUGGCUCAGGCGGUGGUUAUCCGGGAGCAGGCGGUUAUCAGUAUUAAAUUUAAAUAACUAGCCUCUCUACCAGGUACAACAAGAAAAACAAUCAGAACAUAGUAAACUAUAUUUACGUCUCCGCAACCCUUUGAAGACAACACCGAAAUUAUACGAAGAAAGUGUUCAAAUUUUCACUCCAAUGUUUAAAAGCUAAUGAAUUAAUAUAUUUAAUAUUAUAAGGAAAUAAGACGUCUCUAGUAUGUAAAUAGGCAAAGCAAUAUAUUAUACUGAUAAUUGAGCUUUAUAUCCGCUCAUCCUCUUUAAUCAACAGAAUGUAAAUUUCAGCAGAAGACCUUUCUGAAAGAAAUUCUUACCAUCUAUAAUAAUUUUAUUUGUGACGCAAAAGUUCUUUUCCUGUUUACACUCCACGGAAAUUUUUCUUCCCGAGUGAUUAUUAGAUUCUAGUCCUCUCGUAGCCAGAGGGUUGGCUGGUCUAUAAAGUCUUACCUCUUCUGGUUAAAAUCGAAUUGGAGCAACCCCACCUGUAGGAAAUAAGCAGAGCAUUGUACAGUCCAGAAACAGCUUCAAGUCGCUUUUUAUUCUUUCUAAUUAUCUUAUAAACCCAGCAUGCUUAAGAAUUCUGUACUUUUUUUUACAAUCCCUUGAAAGAAGUAGAAUUAGAAUUUAAAAAGCUCUGAUACAUUCAUAUUUCAAAUAAUAUUUAGUACAGAUUGAAUAUGUAAAUUUGUAAUGUCUAAAAAGUUCCUGUGAAAGAAGAAAAAAAUUAUGCUAAUCAUAGGAUAUCGCAAUGUCUUAUUUGUAACAUAGUUCAUAAUUUUCAUAUGUGAUCGAAGCGAGCAUCAUAUUCAUAUGUAUCUAUACUUACAUAGGUAUGUACUAUAUUCGACUAUACUUAUGCCACAUUGAAUACCCAUGUAAGCUAGGUAUUACCAGAUCUUACUAUGUUUAUAUAAUAUAAUGAUUUACAACAAAGCA